AAAAAAUUGAAAAGUUAUAGAAAAUCUGGAUAUGAUCAGAUGAAAUUUGCUGCUAAUGAGAUUGCAAAGAAUCUUGAAUGGAGAUCAGAAUUUCCUGCCGAAACUGAAGUUAGAGCCAGGAGGAAAAGUCGUCAAUUUGACUUUAGGAAGAAAUUGUCGAUGAAACCGUAACAGAGGUGAAUACAUUUAAAAUAAACGUUUUCAAUUAUAUUUUG